GGGGACUCCAUGUAAUCUGGGGUAUCAAGUGAAUCUUAUGCGGAAUAUUGUGGAGACGCGCCUUGGCCAGCUUAAUUGACGACUUGUAACGUCUUCCUUGACCACAGCAUACAGAUCUUACUAGAAAGCCAUGUCGCAGCAUUCUGUCUAUAUAUUAGUUUCUGUCUGAGAACCCCGGGAUUUGAAAUCGCACAACUCCUCUAAACACCCAACUAAAACAGAGCCGCAAUCAUAUUGCAUCAUCUUCGCACCUGUCAGGAUGUCCUCUCCGGACAAAACAGUCGAAAAAGAAGGCGUGGACCUCAACGUCGAAGAACAAGAAUAUGGAACAAAGGGGGCAAGUGGAACCUCGCCAGAGUACUCGGAUGCAGAGUCCAAAGCAUUCGAUAGGAGCCUGAUUCUCAAGCUCGAUCUGCUCAUCAUUCCACUUCUGACCAUGGUCUAUCUCCUGGCAUUUUUGGACAGAGCAAACAUUGGAAAUGCACGCGUCGCGGGCCUUCAAACUGACCUGGGCAUCUCGGAUCACCAGUACCAGACCGCCAUCACUGUGACUUAUGUUCCCUAUAUUGCUUCCGAAGUCCCAUCGAACUUGAUAAUCAAAAGGGUUGGACCAAGACGCUACAUUCCCUUCCUUUGCUUUGCCUGGGGCAUCGUGACGACACUCCAGAGCCAAGUGCACAACUACAGCGGCCUUCUCGCUUGUCGGUUCUUCCUCGGAUUGAUGGAAGGUGGCCUAUUUCCAGGCAUCAUCCUCUAUCUCAGCAGUUUCUAUCGCCGUCAAGACUUGUCGCUCCGCAUCGCCUUGUUCUGGUCCGCAGCGUCCCUCAGCGGUGCCUUUUCAGGCCUCCUCGCCGCAGCGAUCGCUAAAAUGGACGGGAUUGGGGGAAUGCGCGGGUGGCAGUAUAUCUUCCUCCUUGAAGGCCUUUUCACCGUCGUGUGGGCUGUCGUCGUCUAUGUAUUCCUCCCCAACAGUCCUCAUUCGGUAAAACUGUUCACACCGGAACAAGCUGCUCGCUGCGUGGAGCGCCUUAAGCUUGACGUCGACAUUCUCGAGAACGAAAAGGUCACGACUAGGAAGGUUUUGUCUAUUUUCAAGGAUCCUCAGAUCAUCCUCGUUUUACUCUGCGCCAUUUGCUCUGGAUGCGUCAUCUUCGGCCUGGCUCUUUUCACGCCAUCUAUCGUCCGUGGCAUGGGGUACAGUCCGAUCCGUACACAGUUAAUGACUGUCCCCCCUUAUGCGGUUGCAUUCGUCCUUAGUAUCGCCGUGGCUUAUUUCUCGGACAAGUACAAGAUGCGUGGCAUUCCCAUGAUCCUGACACUGCUGCUCUCCUUGGCCGGGGUCAUCAUCUUCUACGUCGGCCGAUCAGUCCCGGUACGGUACGCAGGGCUUUUCCUGCUCCUGGGGGGCAUCUAUGCGAAUGGACCGUGCCUGAUUGCAUGGAUGCCUAAUAAUACAGCCGGACAUACACGACGAGCCACAGCUAUUGCCAUGAAUUGCGUUUGCAAUAAUGUUGGUGGUAUCAUCAGCACGUGGAUCUUCCCUAGUCGUGACGCACCGUACUACCUGUUUGCGGCCAGAUUCAUGCUUUCGAUGAACGUCAUUUUCCUAUUCCUUACCGCUGCGGUUAUGUGGGUUCUUCAUCGCGAGAAUACAAAGAAGGAGGAUCCUGAGUAUAGGCAGAAGCUACUGGGUGAUAUCAGUGAUCUUAGCUUCGCGGAUCAACUCGACAAACUGGGUGACCACCAUCCAGACUACAAGUAUGUCUUGUGA